AUGAAACAAGUUAACGAUAAGGAGGUCAACAGCCAGGUGGCAUACUAUCACCCCUACAAGCCAUUCUCAGAUUGGCCAAAUGUCAAUGACGACAAGUUCGAGGAUGUUAUCCAUUGGAUGACAAACUUGGAUUCUCAAAAACAGGCAACAGCGCGCGAAGUGUUGGAGCACCCAUGGUUUGCUGGUUGUGAGCUUUAUUAA